AUUCACCGUCAAGAUGAUGCGAUUACCGGGAAUGCCCAUGCUGCCAGGAGCACAGUUCUAUGACCGUGGCAAGCGUCGCCAUCCGCGGCAGCAGACCCUGAUGCACUACCAGGGUAUUCAGAUGCUAUCCGACCGCCGGGAACCGGAACUGGUGGAGCCCGAUGGCAUUGUGGCCGAUCCCAAAUGCCCGCCCGUGCCUGCCCAGAUCAACAGUCUGUGGGCCCCCAAGGCUACCACCAAGCUGCCACCUUGGUUGGCCUAUGAUAAGCAAGUGCUUUGCUUCAGUGCCUACUUCAAGGAGAACCUCACUGAGAUCUACCAUGCCCCCUACCAGGUGCGUAAGGUUAAGAUCUACUUCUACCUGGAGGAUGGUACCAUGCAGGUCACCGAGCCAAAGGUGGAGAACUCUGGUAUACCUCAGGGUUGCCUGGUGCAUCGCCAGCGUAUUCCCAAGGCUCCGCCCACCGAUCGUGAGUUCAUCUCCAUCUUUGACCUGAAUGUGGAUAUCGAUGUGCAGAUCUUUGAUCGGAUCUACCACAUCAGUGGAUGCGAUAUCUUCACGCGACAGUUCCUCAAUCGAGCCGGAAUCUUUGUGCCUGAAACUCAGCAGGAACCAAGUGAUCCCACCACGGAAAUACGCAAGCGUUCUGGUCUGAAGCAGACAGCGAGUUCCUGUCCUUCGGCUCUGCCCAAACGUCAUUCCUUUGCCCAGUUCUUGGAGUUCGAUCGGCGUGUGCUCAAGUUCCAGGGCUAUUGGAAUGACCGAAGCGAGUUUGGGGAUGUGCGAAAGCUGGAGAUAUGUUACUAUCUGGCAGACGACACCAUUGACAUAAAGGAGAAGUUCCCACGGAACUCGGGACGUGAGGGACCCAGCACUUUCCUUAAACGUGGCAAGCUGCCCAAGGAGUUUACGCGUCUUCCCCUGCCGGGCCAACAGACGGCGGUGACACUGCUCAAUAUCCUGGGCAAUAAUAUGCGUGAUGUGCGUUACGUAGCCGACCCGUUGAACACGGGACAGAAGCCCUUGCAUUACUACAACGACCAGGAUCUGCAAAUUGGAGCUGUACUGAAUGUAUUUGGUAGGUCAGUGGUCCUUACGGGCUGUGAUCAGUUCACCCAAAGCUACUACAGGGAAAAGUAUGGAAUCCAGGAGUUCGAAUCACAGCCCAUUCCCGAGCGCAGCGAUGUACGACCAUACACUCAGGGCGGUGGUAUGGCAAAGCGUCGCCUGCCUCCCUACAAUGGCUGGGGCAGUCACGAGGACUCCGAGGGGAAUUGCAUCACAGUGGAGCCCAAACCACCGCAGGCUGACUUUAAGAAGCUGUUCAAAUACGACGGCUGCAUCCUACGCUUCGGGGCCAAGCUUAUCUCAGCCAUUCGGGAUAAUGGUGAGCGCGAGUUUAUCAUCAGCUACUUCCUGGCCGACGACACGGUCCAGAUCUACGAGUCAUCGCGUCGCAACUCGGGCUUCCUGGGCGGCGAGUUCCUCAAAAAGGCACGUGUUCCACUGCCGGGCCAAGAUAUGUUUGCCUCCUCGCGACCGGAGUACUACAAAGCCAAUGAUUUUUACAUAGGACGCACCAUGACCCUAAAGGAUCACAUCUUCCACAUUGUUUCGGCCGAUGAGUUCACUCUGAUGUACAUGGAGCAGCAUCCCAGCGAGUUCCCCGUGGCAGAUAUCCAAAGGAUCAUGCAGAAAAUCCGCGAUGCCGUGCGUCCCCAUUAUAAGCAGUUUGUUCUCCAAUGCAAGCCGGAUGGGGAUCUCGGUGACUUAACCACCGUGAGCUUUGACACACUGCGAUCCACUCUCCUGUUGUACCUGUCCAAGGAUUGCCUGCUCAACCACGAAAUAGUGACCGUGUGUCGCUACUUCUCGGCUGAGCAGGCAAUGCCUCCCAGCUGCGACAGGAACCGAGUGCGGGCAGCAGCCCAACUGGAGCUCAAGCGAGCUCUGUGGAAUAGCGUGGAUGAGUUGAACGAUCACCUCAGUCACAUCAAUCCGGCCUGCAAGCCGUACAUCAGCGAGGCCCAGGUUCGAUCCACCUUAAGAGGCUGCCGGCUGCCCUUCAGUCUGGAGCUGGUGGAAGACAUACUAAUGGUGCUGCAGCGUAAUGGACAGAACGAGAUCGAAGUACGCGACUUUCUCGCCUUCUUCAAUAUGCGCAGCGACCAGGUUCCGGAUAUUGCUCCCCUCAACAUCGCCUUUGAGCUUUGCCCCAAGCUGCCGUUCCUACACAAAGGUCGACUAGUGGACUUCACCUGGUUCUUGGCCUAUCUUGGUCUGGAGGAGGAAAUGAAGCGGGCCAACAGUUAGGAAUUAGCAGGCAGGAGAGCUUAUCAAAAAUUGCAUGUAUAUACAGAAAAAAUUCGUGGCAAUAUAACUUUCGGAAUGGUGAACUUUGUGCUUAA